AUGCCUAGAUCCAAACGUUCCAAGCUAGUUACUUUGGCUCAGACCGACAAAAAAGGCAGAGAGAACAAGGAAAGAAUCUUCGACGAAAUCCGCGAAGCCCUCGACUCGUUCAGAUACGUGUGGGUGCUACAUCUGGAUGAUGUGCGCACGCCGGUGCUGCAAGAGAUUCGCUCGUCUUGGGCCGGGUCCAAGCUCAUCAUGGGCAAACGUAAAGUCCUAGGAAAAGCUCUAGGUCAGCAAAGAGAAGACGAAUACAAAGAAAACCUUUCGAAACUAACCAAGCAUUGCGCUGGGGUCACUGGUCUGCUGUUUACAGACGAAGAGCCCAAGGUUGUUCAGGAGUAUUUCCAGUCAUAUGUCAGGGCAGACUACUCCAGACCAAAGUCCAAGGCGCCUCUAACGUUUGAGAUACCAGCAGGCAUCGUUUACUCUCGUGGUGGUCAGAUCCCAACCGAGGACGACGUUGUGAUGGUCCACUCACUUGAACCAACCAUGAGAAAUAAGUUCAAGAUCCCAACUAAGAUUAAAGGCGGUAAAAUCUCCAUAGAGAGCCCUUUUCUGGUAUGUGAAAAAGGCGAGACACUUGACGUGCGUCAAGCGUUGAUCCUCAAACAGUUUGGUGUUGCCGCUGCCGAGUUUAAAGUUAAGGUGGCUGCCUACUUCGAUAACGAGACUGCCUCGGUCGAAAAAGUAGACAUCAACAUGGAAUUUGCAUAA